UUUAGGGUUCACUGUUCCUGACGCGUAUGAUGCUGUUUUGGCAGAGAAGAAGAAAAAGUUGGAUGGUUGUGAUUCAAAUCAGUUGAUCAGAUGGUUCGCUAUGAGGCAAGCUAAAGAACAUGAUUUUUAUUAUGAUUUUCAAUUGAAUGAAGAGAAUCAGUUGAUCAAUUUUUUUUGGAGAGAUGGAAGAAUGCGGUCUGAUUAUGAAGCUUUUGGUGAUUUAUUGAUUCAUGAUACAACUUAUCGUACUAAUAAAUACGAUAUGAUUUGUGGGCCUUUUGUUGGAAUGAAUCUUCACACUCAAAAUAUCAUGUUUGGAGUGGGUUUUAUAUUGAAUGAGAAGGCAGGUACUUUUGACUGGCUUUUUAAUUCUUUUUUGACUUCAAUGGGAGGGAAGCAACCUGUGACUAUCAUGACUGAUCAAUCUUCUGCCAUGGACAAGGCUAUAAGGGAAGUGUUUCCAAAAUCGAGGCAUCGUUUGUGUACAUGGCACAUUGGGGAAAAUGCUGUUGUAAACAUCAAAGGUGUUAUGGCCAAAGAAGGUUUCAAACGUCGGUUUGAUUAUGUUUUGAAAUAUACUGACACAGUUGCUGAGUUCGAGCAUUAUUAGAAUAGGUAAAAAUUAUUUUGCUAAUAGACUGAUUAGUAUUUAAAAUUUUGUUUUGUUCUUUUCAUUCGACGACAUGUUUUUUGUAAUGUUAAAUAGUGUUCUUUUCAUGGUUGAUGAAACUUGUUCUUUUAAUCUGGUAUUUUAAUGUUCUUUUCUUUGUUUAAUAGAGUCCAUACUUCUUGAACUGUGAUUGUGUGUACUUUCUUUUCAAGUUUUAUUGUACUGUAUAUUGUUCUUUUUUUGUCUUCAUUUGUUCUUUGUUUUACUCAGGGUGUUCGUUUUGUGUCUCUGAUUGUUCUUUUGUUCUCCUCGUUUGUUCUUUUGUAGUCUUAUGACUGAUUACAAUUGCAAGACACACAAAUGGAUAGAGAGGUUAUAUGAUUUGAAAGAGAAAUGGUGUCCUGCAUAUAACAAAGAGUGGUUUUCUGGGGGUAUUUUAUCUUCUCAAAGGAGUGAGACGACAAAUCAUUCUAUUUCUAGGAGGUUGCAUAAAACGAAUGGUUUAUGUGAUUUUUAUAAGUGUUUUUUAGAUGUAAUUGAUGAAUGGAGAAGUAAGGAGAACAAGGGAGAUUAUAAUUCUUCUACUGGAAAUAGAUAUUACGCAUGUGCGGAUAACAUGUUAUGUUUGCAUGCGCGGGAUGUGUAUACCAUUGCAAUAUAUUUGAUAUUUGAGCAACGAUUCAUCAAAGCAAUUGGUUUGAGGUGUCAACGCAUUUCCUAUGAGUUUCCAGUUUCUAAGUACAUUGUUGGGCAUCCUACAAAGGAUUUUAUUAGACAUGUUGUGAUGUUUAAUGAGCAAGAGUUGGUUGUUGAUUGUACUUGCAAGUCAUAUGGAGAGAUAGGAGUUCUUUGUUCUCAUAUUCUUCGAGUUUUCAUUGUCCAUAAUGUUGAAGAGAUUCCCAAACAAUACAUUAUGAAGAGAUGGACCAAAAAGGCUAUGAACAUGAUUGUUGAAGAAGGAGAAGAUAGAGAUAAUGAAGUAAGUGUUGUUUCUGCUUCAGUUUGGAGGAUGCAAAGCAUAAGAAAUUGCAUUAAAGUUAUAAAUGAAGCUCAACAUUGUCCGGCUGCAAGGAAGCUUAUUGAUUUGGGUGUGUUGGAUAUGUCAUGCAAAGUGAAGGAGUAUAUUGGUGGUGUUGAAGGGGAUGGUAAUGUAUCAAACAAGUAUGUGCGAGAAGAAACUCUACUUGAUGGCAUUGAGCCUUCAACAGACACAGUUUUGCCGGAUGUUGUUGAACCGAUUGCUGAAAAAGUCAUUCCAACAAUGAUUCAAAAUCCACCAAAGCGAAAGAGGAAGAUUAAGAACGGGACUGAAAAGGCUAAUGAGAGGAAUGUGAGACCUAAAGGAAUUGUUGAGAAGAAACGCAAUAAACUGAAAGGUUGGAACAAGAGAAGAGAAAGACAUGUUGAUAAUUUGAGGGAGGAAACUCAGUCUACUGAUCAGUGUAUCAUAAAUUUACCUGUUGGUGGGGUUUUGGUUCAUCCAACAUCUUCAAAUUCACAAUUGGAAGCAUAUGUUCCAGAUGAUUAUUUUGGAGUACACAUACAACCUUUGUAGAUUCAUUUACGAUUGGUAAUAUUUUUAUUUUUAGUUUGUUGUGUUUUUAAUCAUUUGUUUUUGUAUUCUCAAUAAUGUUCUUUUACUCUUUUGAUGUAUAUUUUUACGGGCUACUGAUGUUUGGC